UCGAUCAUAGCUCGAUCAUACAAGGAUUCGGAUCACCGUGGUAACCUGUGAGAGGAAAGUGGUUUGGUUUUUGGCCGGAUCGCGGCGAGAGAGGGAAAGUGAGAGACAGAGAGAUACACUGGGGCGACUGUGUGCGAGGGCGAGAGAGAGGGAGAGGGAGCAGCUUGUUUUGUGCAGGAUACUAUCCGGUGGCUUGUGUGUGAGUUGUAAAGGAGCAUAGGGCAGCUCUCUGGGGUUUUAAUUCCCUCGGCAUUAGGCUGAAGUGUGUUCCUUCAGAAGUAUCGUCAGAGCCUGGCUGGACUGUUGGCCCCUCCCUAUGGAGCUAUGGAGAGUGGAUCCAACAAUGACAGACUCACAGACAGAGACAACAUGAACUCAGACUCUGCAAACAAAACCCACAACAAGGACUCGUGCUCGCCCGUCCACCACCUCUUGGUGUCUCGCGACGUGCUUGGAGGGAGCCGUCUGGUGGACUUGUGGUCGUGUUUGAGACUGUGGCGGAUUGUCCCACCGGGCCAGGGAGAACCACAGGGCACAGUGGCUGUUGCGCCUAUGGGCGAACAGGUCCAUCUCUGCCCUUCCGAACCAGACCUGCUUCAACACCUCCGGGUGAAGCCUCCAUCGUCUGGCAGGGGUCCGCCUCUUGACAUGAGGUCGGCCCCCCUGUUCUCCCGUCCCGGGAUGUGCAGGGCCCUUAGAGACAACACAAUCUGUGAAGCCCACAACCACAGGUUCUCUGCUGCGGUCAACAAGGCUAUGGAGCGGACUCCGCCCUGCUUGUUGAUGAUGUUGCCACUGUGCCAUGGUCAUCACCUAGGGCGGUGGACCUCCAUGGACCGGACCCGGAAGUGCCCGACAACGGCAAACGGAGCCAUCCACCCCGCUGGAAUGGCGAACGUGAAUGGCACCGCCUCGGCCAUAUCCUGGUCCCCCAAACACUCGAAGCAGAGGCGCCCGCUAUUUAAGCCAGGGCACGAAGGACAGGCCCGGGUCUCUCCAUGGAGACAGUGUUGCGUGGGCACAGAGCUGGUGGACUGGUUGGUGCUGCAGAGCGCCUGUGUUCUCACCCGCUCCCAUGCUGUUGGGAUGUGGCAGGCGCUACUGGAAGAAGGAGUGCUCAACCACGUGGACCAGGAGCUGGGUUUCCAGGACAAAUACCUGUUUUACCGAUUUCUUGACGAUGAGGAGGAGGACACUCCAUUGCCCAGCGAGGAGGAGAAGAGGGAGAGUGAAGAGGAGCUGCCGGAGACCAUCCUCUUCCUCGCUCAGAUUGGCCCUGACGCACUGCUGCGCAUGAUCCUCCGGAAAUCGCCCGGUCAGAGGACAGGGGACGACCUCGAGAUCAUCUACGAUGAGCUGCUCCACAUCAAGGCCUUAGCUCACCUCUCCAACACUGUGAAGAGGGAACUGGCGAGCGUUGUGAUCUUCGAGUCACAUGCAAAAGCUGGAACCGUGUUAUUCAACCAAGGAGAGGAGGGCACAUCAUGGUACAUCAUUCAGAAGGGCUCUGUCAACGUGGUAAUCUACGGCAAGGGUGUGGUGUGUACGCUUCACGAGGGUGAUGACUUUGGGAAGUUGGCCCUGGUUACGGAUUCACCUCGUGCCGCCUCCAUCGUCCUGAGAGAAGACAACUGUCACUUCCUUCGUGUUGACAAGGAAGACUUCAACAGGAUACUCAGGGAUGUGGAAGCCAACACGGUGCGUUUGAAAGAGCAUGAACAAGCUGUGCUGGUGUUAGAAAAGAGUCCUCGCACCUCCACCCUGGGAAGCAUCAAGUACACUGUGAUAUCGGGAACACCAGAGAAGAUUUUGGAGCACUUCCUGGAGUCCAUGAGGAUGGACGUACAUCAAAGUGAACCAGACCCGGCGGUGGAUGAUUUUGUCCUGAUGCACAGUGUCUUCAUGCCCAACAGCCAGCUGUGCCCUCUACUCAUGGCACACUACCAUGCGGCGUCCCCCCCCGGCUCUGAGCAGGAGAGGUUGGAGUAUGCCCUCAACAGUAAGAGGAAGGCCCUCAUUCUGGCCCUGCGCUGGGCUAACUCGCACACCUACCUGCUACAGGAGGAGCCUGCGGCAAUCACUUUUCUAGAGGAGUUGUAUGGGAGUGUUUCAAACGAUUCUCGGAUAUUGAGAGGUUUGAAAGACUUCAUUCCUGACCUGGAGAAAAUCGUCAAAUUACAUUCGGAAGAAGCAAAAUCCCUAAAGAAGAAAACCUUAAUACGACAGUUCAGCAACGGAGAGGAAAGGCUGCAGAAGAAACAGCCUAUUAGGAAUCACGAUGACAUCCUAUUGAAGGUGUACUGCAGUGAUCACACAUACAACACUAUCCGGGUUGCCGUGACAGCGACUGGAAGAGAGGUGGUCAGCGCUGUGGCCGACAAGCUGGGCACCACCGAUGAGCUGGUGCUGCUCCACCUGGGCUCUGCAGAAAAACAAAUGGUGAAGCCGAAUGACGUUUCAGUGUUUUCUACUCUGAGCAUCAACGGCAGAUUAUUUGCUUGCACCCGAGACCAGCUCAACAGUUUGACUCCUCUUCCAGACCAGGAGGGUCCCACUGCAGGCUCCAUGUCAACCUUUGAGUUGAUGAGCUCUAAGGACCUGGCUUACCAAAUGACCAUGUUUGACUGGGAGCUCUUCAGCUGUGUGCAUGAGCAUGAGCUGCUCUACCACACGUUCGGCCGGCAGAGCUUCAGAAGAACCACGGCUAACCUGGACCUGUUUCUGCGGAGGUUCAACCAGGUCCAGCUGUGGGUGGUCACUGAGGUUUGCCUCUGCUCACAGCUCAGCAAGAGAGUCCAACUCCUCAAGAAGUUCAUCAAGAUAGCAGCACACUGUCGGGAGUUUAAGAACCUGAAUUCAUUCUUUGCCAUCAUUAUGGGCAUGAGCAACCCCGCUGUCAGCAGAUUGAGCCAGACGUGGGAGAAACUACCCACCAAGUUCAAGAAGUUCUAUGCUGAGUUUGAGAGUAUGAUGGACCCGUCAAGAAACCACCGAUCCUACCGCCUCACUGUCACCAAACUGGAACCACCAAUCAUCCCCUUCAUGCCGCUCCUCCUCAAAGAUAUGACAUUUACACACGAGGGCAACAAGACCUUCAUUGACAACAUGGUCAAUUUUGAGAAAAUGCGUAUCAUAGCAAACGCAAUUCGGCAAGUGAGGCACUGUAGAAGCCAACCAUUCAAUCCCGACAUAUGCCAACCCAACAAAAAUCAAGCGGAAGUGCGGGGUUACGUGAGGAAACUCUGCGUUAUCGACAACCAGAGGGCGCUGACGCAGCUCUCCUAUAGGCUGGAGCCUCGGCGGACAUGAGCUCCAGAACUUCCACCGCCAUCGCCUUCUCUGUGACGUUAGCAUUUUAAAAAACCACACACGCAUUACCUGGAUAAAGUAACUCAACACGACUGGCAGUUCAGUAGCAAAUCACAAUGACUUUAGAACUAUGAUGGAUGACGGACUUAUUACUGUGCCAUUAAAAGCCUCUUCUUCCUGGACAGACAGAAACUGUUCAGCUGCUCUCUCGUCGCCGUGUCUCCGCCCCCGGAUUGAGGGUCUUAACCGUACUAGUUGUUAUUGUUUGGGACCUGUUAGAUAGAACUGUAAUGUAUAGAACUUGAAUCGAUUCCCUGCAUGACUGAACUUUGUGUUCUAUACAGUGGAUUUCUAUCGGAGUGUCCUGUAAUGUUGUGCUACCCCAGAUGAGAUCUAGUUUACAAUAUAUUACUGUACCUGCCUGUAAAGCAAACCUUACUCUCCUGAUUAUCCUACUCAUAGACAGAAAACACCAUAAACUGUAGAAACCUAGACUCUUCAUUUCCCUUGUUGACUAUACAGAUACAAGUUAAAUACUUAUAUACUUCAUAAUCUACAUGAUUAUAUCCAAGUCUUUGAGGAUCUUUAGGAUUCGAUGUCCCUUUUAUUAGUCAGACGUUCAAAACUACUAAACAGAGUAUUAGCUGGAUUAAAGCCCUAAUUGUAUUGCAAACAGUGUUCAAAUUUGUCACUGCGGUAUUGCGUUUUAUUAUUCUAUCGGGCUGAAUCUCCUGUAGGACAUGAAUUAAUCUAGAUGAUGAGGCUGCUUGGUAUAAUGUGUUCUGAGAUCACUUGCCUUUCCAAAUUGUACUUCUUUGAUUUGGAAGCACUGAUCCUCGAUGCUGGGUCUUAAAGGCGUCUUGUACUUUGAGGGGGAAUCUUGUCAUCUCAGUCCGUGUAAUUUUAUUUUUAUAUAUAUGUGUGUGUGUAGAUUGUGAGUGUGUUCUUGACAAGUGUCAUUAAUUUUCCUUUGAUCUCAGGAGCUUCUGAUGUGAUGGUGUGUGUUGAGAGGCUGGCUUUCCUUAGAGCAGCCUGUAACUGUGCUUGUAUGUGUGGUCUGCCUUGUAAAUAAAAAAUAGCUAAUUUAA